AUGAGCCACGAAGUCCCAGAACAGUACCUUCCUAGGCUGUGUCAUGUUGUUAAAUGGAAAGAUUUCCAAGGAUAUGGCUUUAAUUUACACGCAGAAAAAGGUAAAGCGGGCCAGUUUAUUGGAAAAGUUGACGAGAAUUCACCUGCGGAGGCCGCGGGACUCAAGGAAGGAGACCGUAUUGUUGAGGUAAACGGUAUCAAUAUUGGCAAUGAGAACCACCAACAGGUUGUAGCUAGGAUAAAAUCUGGAGGCGAAGAAACUCGGCUGUUAGUUGUGGAUUCAGAAACGGAUGAAUGGUACAAGGAGCAGAAAAGGAUCAUACGCGGGGAUGCACCAGAAGUUCGUUUCAUCAGCUCCAAACGCAGCGACGACGAGGACAUUAAUGAUGAACCCACAGGCUAUGGACAAAUAAAUGAUGAUCAUGACGAUGAUGUUCAACGUAGAGAUUCAAACCCAGAACCACAGAUAGAAGAGUCUGUUGUAACGCAUGUUUCUGCACCCGUGCACAAUGGAAGCGAUGCUGGAGGUGAUGACUAUUCUUACAGACCACGGCUGUGUCACUUAAAGAUAUGGCCACACUUUCAGGGUUAUGGGUUCAACCUGCAUGCAGAAAGAGAUAAACCUGGCCAGUUUAUUGGGCUCGUGGAUGACAACUCACCGGCCAGCACUGCCGGACUACGAGUCCAGGACAGGAUCAUCGAGGUCUACGGAGUCAAUGUAGAGAGUCAGAAUCACAAGGAGGUCAUCGCCAGAAUCAAAGCCACCCCUGGGGAGACCAAGCUUCUGGUUGUGGAUAGGGAAACAGACAACUACUACAAAAGCAGAGGUAUCACCAUAUCCUCAAGCUUGCCCCAGACAGAGUAUAUUGUCACUCCUGAUGCUGCUGAAGCUGUUAAUGGACUCAAGUCCUUAUCUCUGCAGUCUCCAUCAGAACCUGAACAUGAGUUCACAGUGGCCUCCCAGGCCCGGUACGAAUCCCCAACAGCUUCCUCAGCCCCAGCAGCUUCCUCAGCCCCAGCACCCAAGGCAUCCGAUGGCCUAGAGCUAAACCUCUCCGUCGCCGAGAUGAAGGAAAGGUUAAAGGCCAAGAAGAGGCAAGAUCCCCGCCUGAGCAAAGUUCCCUUUGAGCAGAAAUACAAGGAGUUUCAGAGGAUGUGA